GUCACACUGAGCGCUGGUCAAAAUAAAUAAAUAUUUGGCAAACAAAAGAACGAAAAUCCAUAAAAAAAAGGAAACUUGAGAUAAACGUAAAGUAUUUGCCCCCACCCAGCCAUAGCCUGUUGGAAUGUUUUGCUGCCUACGCACGUGCCUAAAUGGCGGACAACUGAGGAAACCCAUGACAGCUGCCAGUCGGCUGCGGGAGCCCGACGUACACCUGGAUGCGGCACAUAUGGGUCCCGAUGUCAUACUGCUCUCACAUCAGCUGCGGGUCACAGGCACUGGCGGCGUUCUGGCCACUGCGCCGCUCGUCCAAUCCAAAUCCUACUUUGAGGUGAAAAUUCAGCAGAGCGGCAGCUGGUCCAUUGGCCUGGCCACACGCCAAACCGAUUUGAGUCGCAAAAAUGGUGGCGCUGAUCGGGAGUCCUGGUGCCUGUGCUCCGACAAUGCCACACGGCACAACGAUGAGGAAUUUCGACCCGUGGUGGCUGCCUGCACGACACAGCCGCCAUCGGGCGGCAUCACCAAGACCAGCGUAAAUGGCAUUCUAAACAAUAGUGCAGCCGCUGCAGCUGGUCUCAUUUCCAUUGAGGAUCUGCAGCAGGAGGAUUUGCUAAUGACCACGGGCGUGGAGGCGCCACCAAAUGUGAGCAUUGGUGGGGCAACAUUGAUCGGUGCGCCACAGCGUGACUUUCCCGACGAGGGUGACAUUGUGGGCGUUGCAUUUGAUCAUGUGGAACUCAAUUUCUAUUUCAAUGGCAAAAACCUCGAAGUGCCAUUCCGAAAUGUGCGCGGCUCGGCGCUGUUUCCUGUCAUCUACGUGGGCAAUGGCGCCAUUUUGGACAUCAUUUUGGAUAACUUUACGCACGGUCCACCGCCUGGCUUUGAGCGCAUUCUGCUGGAGCAGUCGCUACUUUAGAUUAGGCGCGUGAAAAACAAAUUAAUAACCAAAAUGACAGCUAGUUAAAGUGCAUUUCAGAACUAUAGGAUAGGCGCAGCGAAAGAGCGAGCUAGAAAGUGAAAAUUGGCCCAGGGAGAAGUACCAUUGAGCGCCUUUAAAUGCCACUUAGUAAGCCAUGAAAAUGUUGCAAUUGGAGAUGAAUUUUAGCGUCGGAGUGGUGAAAGCUAUUGCCAUAAUUCUUCUGGUUAAGCAAAGAGGAAAGAUGGAAACAUACGAAUAACUCUUCAACGGCAUUAAGUUUCAAGUAUUAGCCUAAGAAUUUCAACCGUGUAAAUGUAAGUUUUUGAUGUGAAGCAGCUGCAAGAGCAGAAUUUAAGGCUUUAGCUCUAAAAUGAGCUAUUCUUUGGCAUUUUUUGCUCAUAUAAUUCCCUUUUAUAAUGCAACACAGUGUUCCACUUGUUCUAUUUGUAUUCCAUGACCAUGUUGAAGGCCUGCAGCUAUCAAUUUAGGCAGAGUUCCACACUCUAUUUUCAACUCUCUGUUAUCCCAUAGCUAUCUAUCUAUCAGCACCUAUCUAUCCACACCUAUCUAUCUUUAUCUAUUGCAUAGCACAUUGACUAGACAUUCAUUUCUAGUCCACAAAUGCCAAGUGCAUGCCCAAGUUAACCCAGAAAGUCUUGCAGUUUGACAGAAAACUGUUUCUAGUCCCUAAACAAAUAUUUUAAGCAGCAACUUUGCAGCUUAAAAGUUUCACAAAUGUUCCAUGUUUUAGCUUAAGCUUUAAUAUUUCUUACAAAUCGAGCAAUUCUAUAUUUAAAACUUGCAAGAAUUCCAUGUUAAAGUUGCUGCAAAUUGCAGCUGCAAUUUAACCACCCAAAAAUUGACACGGAAAACAGCUGCAAGAGUUUCUUCGAGGACAUUUUCCUUUGAUAAAAGUAUUCUUAAUGCCCCUACUCUGCCUAUCGUAUAGUUCUGAAAAUCACACGCCAUUCCUAACAAACUUCAAGUGUAUAAAAUGUGCAGCCUAAAACCUUUCUAGUCCUCGAACAAAGAACCCAAAAAAGGAACAAAAGAAAUCUACCUAAAAAAUGAUUGUAUUAUUAUUUGUAAUUUGUGUUUUGUAAAUUAUUUAUGUACCGCGAUGACUGCUUUGUAUUAUACACACACAUACAGCUAUAUAUAAUGAUAUAUAUAAAUAUUUAUACCUUUAUUGGGAGCUCUCCAAAACUCUCUUAAAGUUUCAACACAUUCUAUAUGGUCCAACCCACUCUCUCUCUCUCUGUCUUACUUAAUCGAGCACGGAAAUACCUAACUAACUUUAAGUACUAAAUCUAUAAUCUAUGAUCUAUAACUAUAAACGAUAUCUGAAUGUAUUCAACGCUUUGAAAGAACAAAAAAAAACAAAAGAAAAACUGAUAAAUCCGCGCGCGGACAAUAAAUCGAUGUUACGUA